AUGUUCAGAACAAAGUCCCAAAAGAUCAAGCAAAAACAGAAGCAGAAGGAUAAGGAGAGACAGUCCUCCGUCUCAUCUGGAGUGGGCUACUCUGGAACAAAGAAUUCAUCCUCUUCAACCCUACCGGUUCAGACCCCAACUGGCCUGAAGGGUGCUAUGGAUUCAGCACCAUCGCUAGUGACCCCAGAGUCAAAGCCAGAAGCUCCUGUUCUAUCUGAACCUGAGCCUGAUAAACAUGUUUCACCGGAGCAAACUGCUUCGGCUGCAGCUCCGACUCCGCCUUCGACUCCUCCGCUUUCUCGAUCAGCUCAUAUUGCUCUCUCUGAGCCAAGUAUGCCUGUUCGUUCAGAGCCGACUGCUUCUGCUCCUGUUCCUGCUGCUUCUGCUCUUGCUUCGGAGGACAAGCAAGCUCCUGCUGCUUCCGAGCCUCCUCCCACGAAAACUAAGCCAAAAUAUACCGCUUUCGUUGAACCCGAGCCCGAACCCGCUGCUAACAAUCCCUCUCCACCACCUAGCGUUCCCACGGAGUCUCGCCCCCUCGGCGGCCGCCGCGGCAAGUCUGAUGACGAUGCGAACGGCACCACAAAGGGUGGCGAAUUGGUUGCUGGUAAAACUGGGGGCAUCUCCGACGCCGGCCUGCAGAUCCCCGGAAAGAUGCUCAACGAGGAAGAGAAGAGCGCUCUGAAGAUCAAAAUUCACCUCAACCUUCACGCUAAGGUUCGUCUUGACCUUGAUGCUCAGAUCUACGGUGAUGUGGUGAUUGGUCUGCUGUAA